UUGGGUUUUUUUUGUUGUUAGGCUGCUCAUAAACAUAUGUCUUAUUUGUCUAUAUGUGUAGCGGACUGCUUAGAGCAGGCAGGCUGCUAUAUCUCUACGGUAGGCUGUUUAUCUCUCAUUUUUACUCUUUUUAUAGUGCCUCUCACCAAGCUUUUGUAGUAUGGAACUGCUUGACCUAAUUUGGAUAAAACAUGAUAGACUCAGCUUCUGUUUUUUUUUCUAAAGUUGGUGUAGUGCAUCUGAAAAAAUGAGAAUGUCUUUAAAGGUACUGGAAAUACACAUGAUACAAAAGUUUGGAAGAGUAAAAUGGCAGAUUGCUGCUCCCUGUGAUAAAAAAAAUUUAAGACUAGCACUUUGUGACUGUUAUGUACAUCUUCUGACCGCAGAAAUUUUUUUUAUACCGGCUGCAUCUUUGAUACUGUGUUUCCUGUUUUUAGGAGUGCAAAGAGAGGUCUUAAGAGUAGAAAUGAGAAGCAAAGUCUUAAAGGCAUAGCGUAUCAAGUUUUGACAAACACAGUGUAUACUUGUUUUGUCACCUGUGCCUUGCACACCCCAAACAUUUAGACUGACAUUAUUGCUUUCUUCAAGUAGUUACUUUAGUGUAUUUGUAAUGUUUAGCAUGAUUAUGAAGUGUUAGUGAGACAUGGUAAAAAUGUUUACUUCUUGCUUAAGCUCAUUCGUCUCAAUUCAUGCUAAGCAUGUGGGAGACCUAGACUUUGUUUUCAGAGUGGUGUAAGAAAAGUUUUCGUUUUAUGUUGUCCAGAGAAUUCAUUUUUUUAAAUUCUAAUUCAGACAUGUUAAAUUAGGUCAACUUGAACUCAGUGAAAGCAUUAACUAUAGAGGAAAAAAUUUAACAGGAGACUUAAAUGAUGAGUGUGGGAAUCAAUAUUCUUUUACUCCCACUGUAAACAUUCUUAAUUUAAAUGGCUUUACUUUUAUUUUUCUCAAGUAUCCACGUGUACAGAGAAAGGUUGGUGGAUAUAGUCCUUAAAAUGCCAGUGAGUUAGCUAGAAUAAACCUUGAACUUUGUUGUUACAAGGACAACACUACUUAAGCCUUUGAGAGCACUACAUAACAGGAACAAUGAUUGCAUGUGCAGAGAGCGCUCUGCGUAUGAGAGGAAGGGGGAGUGGCUUUUGCUGGUACUGUAUCGUCCUGCAGCGGUGCAAUAAAAGGUCUGUAAAAGUAUUUGUUGGCUUGCUAAGUUGAUCUCCUAAGUUUUCACAUUAAAAAAGUCCUUUUUACUGUUUUUUAAGAACUUAAUUCUAGAAUUUUGAAUUGUUGUCUGAAUGCAUCUUGCUACAAGUGUAAUAGAUGAGCUGACUAACAGCUUCAGCUGGAGUUAUUUGAUGCUUAUGGGUUGGGAAGUGGGGGUUGAUGCAGUAACUCUAUUUGUAUUAUCCAGUCUUUGUGCUGGGCUUUGUAGUGACAGCUGGAGGAGGAGCAUAUAGACGUUACAAUUUAAUUUGGGCUAUCUAGUCCUGUAUAACAAAUCAUACUAUUAAAUGGAGUGGUCAUGAGGUUUUGAAAAUCUUUAAGGAAUUCUUAUUGGUGAGUAUGUCUUUAAAUGUGCAAAACAUGGAACUGUUUUGUUUACCUGUGUUCUUGUGCACUACUAACUUGAUCUGUGGUAUAUUCAAGAAAGUAGGCUAGGCUUUAUUUUUGCUACCCAUUCUUACAGUUCGGGUAAUUAAUUUUCAGUGAAGUUUCUUGAGUAAGCCAAUAACAUGUGGGAAUCUAUAGCCCCCCAGAAGAGGUCUGUUCUUACAAGACAAAAAUGUUGCUGGAUCAUGAGACUCCUUCCAUAGCCUUCAUAAAUUCCAGCAGUCUGAUUUUCUUUAUAAACAUGACUCUCCUGAUUUGGGUUGUGUUGAUACUGAUGAACCUGCCUGUGAUGAUUUAUUUUAAGCUGGUUUUACAGUAAUGAGCUUCCCCAUGGGUAUCCGUUCUCAACUUUCUUCUUCAGAAGAAGCUUCAGAAGAGGUUAAGAUUUAAGCCAUUAGUACCUAGAACUUGUGCCUUAUGUGUACUCUCUGCAUUAAGUAUAGUAUGUCUACUGCCAAUGUUGUAAAAUUCUGAAAAUUAAACCAUCUAAAUAGCAAUGGUGCGCUCUGUCACUUAGUUUGAGAAGUGGCUCUGUCUUGUGUUGCCUUUGAGGUCUGAUAUUAGAUCCUCUGAGACAUGUUGUAGUAAUCCUAUAAAUAAUCUGUUCCUUGGUAUCUUGGUAAAGAAGUGUGUGAAUAUUUAAUGUGGGUAAGGUGUCUUAGCAUGACAGGUUUUCUAUUGUGUAUUACUUUGGUUUUCUUUUCACCAUAAUUUUCAAAUGUAAGGUUUUUUGUUUGUUUUUUUUUUUGUUUGGGGUUUUUUGUUUUUUCUUUUUCUUCUGUGAUAGCUCUUCUUUGGCACUUAAGCCACUUGUGGCCGAAGAGCAUCUGUGCAACGUUUUAUGUUUGGAGUCAUCCCAGGUGCUUGCUCCCCCUGUAUUUUUAACCCUUUCUAAAGACACUUUGUCAACGGUUGGAAGAACAUCGUUCUCAGACCCUGAGAAAUCUGGACUUUUUUAACAGUGUGCUACCUAAAGGAAUAUAAGGAGUUGAUACUUGCAGCUUCCUUGCAAUUAAUUUUUUGGUAUUUGUACCUCUCUUUCUGUGGUUUUAGAUCAAGAAACGCCAUGAGCACAACUCAACGAAAGCGCCGUGGAGGAGCAGUUAAUUCUAGGCAAGCUCGGAAACGAAACAGGUUGAUGGCUUCAACCACAGAAAUGGCUUCAGAAGCAGAGCCAAUAGAACUUGAAGAAAGUGCUGGUGAGGAAGUAGUAGAUCUCACAUGUGAAUCUUCUGAUCCUGUAGUCGUUGAUCUAACUCACAAUGAUUCUGUUGUGAUUGUCGAAGAGAAUCAGCGACAAAGGAGAAAUCUCAGACUAAGAAGCCAGCGACAGUCGGACAGCUGUGUACUGAGUAGCGAUGAUGAAGAUGAAACAAGAGAUAAUGAUGUGUAUGUGACAGAUAAAGUAUCUCGAGAAUUGGGACCACUGGAAGAUGAAACUGCAAGUUCUAAGCCGACUGGUACCGUUAGCUGUCCGAUUUGCAUGGAUGGCUACUCAGAGAUUGUGCAAAGCGGACGACUGAUCGUGUCAACUAAAUGCGGCCAUGUCUUCUGCAGCCAGUGCCUCCGUGAUUCCCUUAGGAACGCCAACUCUUGCCCAACCUGCAGGAAGAAACUCACUCACAGACAGUAUCAUCCCAUUUAUAUAUGAGUACUUCUCUUUCUCAGGACAGACUCAGCAGGAUUUUGGGGGAAAAUGUCAUGUUUUCAGUGCUCUGAAGAUUUAAAGAGCAGCAGGUUGUCCACAGAUCCAAAUAAAACGGAUUCUUUUUGGGUUUUGGAGAAUAACUUGUACGUAUAUAGACAGCUUUUUCUAUGGUCCAAGCUGCUUCUUGUUAUGUCCCUGGUUAUGAUGUUAAAUUUGUGACUGUCUCUAAAGUAGACCAGCAGCCUAUAUCAGAAAGGAAGCAGCGAAUCCAUUUCCUUCUACUUUUUUUAAUGCUUAAAUAAGAGGGGUCUGAAUAUUUUGUUAUUUCUUACUCUUUAAAUUAUUCCCACUGUCGCGUACAGGUAUGGAAUAGUUACCUUUCAAAAUACAGAUGACCAAUUUGCCGUUUCAUUACACUUUUGUUUUUAUCCUGUGAGAAGCUCAUGACUACAUUGCUUUCUGCCAUACCAUCUUUGCCCAAGUGGAAUAAGUUGUAACGAUGGAUCGUUUUAUCACAAAUCCAUAUUAAAUUGACAGCCAAGGUCAUGCAAUAGAAUAACCUGCUGUUAACCAGCAAUCAGGUGUUUUAAGCAGAAGGCUUGAACAUGUAGAUGUCUUUAUGAACUCCAUGAGAUCUAAAGUGUGUAGACAAAUUGCAACAUGUACAAUGUGAAAUUGCUUCUUUGAAUGUUUUAACUGCCAAGAAUUCCUGUAUUUGAAUCGCAACACUGAUUUUAUUUUCCGAGGUGAUGAGAUGGUCUCUUGGGUUUACUACUGUUCUAUAGCGUGCUCUCCUGAUCACUAAGGAGAAUGUAGUCUUCUCUAAGGCUUGCUAGUGAUGAAUAAGCAGCAAACUGUAUGCUGUCCUCUUGUCAGCUGAAUACCAAACUACCUGCAGAUCUUCUUACUGUAUCAAGCGCACCCAGCGUAAUGCUUCAAGUUCAGCGCGUUCACUUGGCUGUUCUCUUCUGUUGUUGACACGUGACUGGUUUUAGCCUGGUGCGUUGGAUUAAUAAUUCAAUAAUUGUGUUGCCACAGCUUUAGGAAGUGGAGGCUUUAAAAGAUGUGUUUGGUAGCAAUCUUGACUUGGUAGCUUUUUGAGAGAGAACUUUAAUCUCUCUUUGCCCUGAGGGUUGUCCAGCUUUCUUUAAACGUGUUUUUAGAAAAGAAGACAACUCGGAUACAUGUCCAGGGUGAGAGAAUUCCUCUAUUUAAGGAAGGCAGGAAUACACAGGUUUAUGCACCGUUAUCCAGUCACUUCCCCCCCCCCCCCCCCCCCUCCCCGAGUGAGUUAUGAAUGUCUGCUUUAAACCUGUUAUAGCUAAAAUCUGCAAGCUGAUGUGGAAUCCCCGAUGAGCUGAUACAAACAGGAUUACAGUAAUUAAAUGUAGAUGAGAUGAUUAAAACCAGUACUUUAUGAUCCACAUCUGCAGUAGCUCCAUCUAUGAAAAAGUCCAAAAUGGAACUCGGACAACUUCUGGCAGUUGGUUGAUUAUGAAAACCAUUAGAAGCACCAUUCUGUGCUCCGGUGCAGCACAACUGCAGGAUGUGUUUAGUUAACAUUGAUACCUGAUGUGUCUUUGCUAACCUGUCCUAGGGGUCUGUAGGAAGCCUUUAACAAAAGCAGCUCUUCUAAUUAGCUGUCUCAAGUUCUGUAUUGAAGAUUGCAACCCAAAAGUAAAGAUGUUUUUUAUUAGGAUGUUUAGGGAUGUUUCUGGAUGUAGUACUACAGAGUUUUGUUCCAUAAAGGCUGGCUUAAGAAAUGCAGUACCUUCCCCACCCUGGUUUGGAAUAGCUUUGGUUCAGCGCUGUUAUCAGGAAUAUGCAGUUUCUGCAUAGUGGCAGUCUGGUAACUGCUAAAAAGUUACACGCGUUUAGUUACCGUGUGCUCCCAUUGGUAAUGUAAACUACAAGCAAGGACGACAGCAGUCUUAGGGUAGUGCGGUGAGAACAACGGCUGGCACUGGUGUCCCAAGAAGCAGGUAGCUGAUGAAACAAUUCUAAAGAUUGUUUAAAGCAUUAAUUGCAAGAAGAGAAGCAGCCCAACAUGAAAACUGUCAAGAUACUUAAGGGCCACAGAAACAGCUUUCUCCCUGUAGCUUAACAGAGAAGAAAAGAAAAAAGAAAACCAACAAAACAAAAGUCUGGCCGGUUUUCCUUGGGUAGCUACUGUGCAAGAGGGACAGUAAAAAGAGGAUUUAAGGGAUUACCUCUGGGCAUAAGGGCGAGUCACGUAUUCGUGCAUCUUUCACAGUGUACUAGCCAUAGCCUAAAAUGACUUUGCACAACUCCCUCCGUGUAAAUAUCACUCUAUAGUUUGUGUCUCAAUAAAUAGAUCUAAUUGAAAUUUAGGUAUCACAAACUAUAUAAUAUUUAACAAAAAAGUUUUUAGCUUUUGUGUACCCUGUGAAGUGCCACAAAUGUUGUGCAUCUCAAGAUGAAUUUUAGGUCUCCGUACAUGGAAGAAUACUAAAUUGCAUUACAUGCUCUUUUUGGGGGAAGAAAAAAAAAAUGAAACCCCAAUAUAUUUGAGUUCCAGUGAUGUUUAACAUUGGCAAGAAGUGAUAGAUAAUAUAAAGAUUUUUUUCAUUAUGUAAAUGUAUGUCUUGUUGUAUAUAGUUCAAUUUUUCCUGUAUUUAAUUGUAUUCAUGUCUGUCUGUCCCAUCUAUGUUGGACUCUGCUGGUAGGCAAACAGUUCUUUUAACAGGUGGAAAUAAAACUAUCGAUUUGAUCAA